CGCGGGACCCGCGGUGUGCGCGUCCCUGGGCGGCGGCGGCGGCGGCGACAUGGAGCCCGGGGCUGCGGAGCUGUACGACCAGGCCCUGCUGGGCAUCCUGCAGCACGUGGGGAACGUGCAGGACUUCCUGCGCGUGCUGUUCGGCUUCCUCUACCGCAAGACUGACUUCUACCGCCUGCUGCGCCAGCCGUCCGACCGCAUGGGCUUCCCGCCGGGGGCGGCGCAGGCCCUGGUGCUGCAGGUGUUCAAGACCUUUGACCACAUGGCCCGUCAGGAUGAUGAGAAGAGGAGGAAGGAACUUGAAGAGAAAAUCAGAAGAAAGGAAGAAGAGGAGGCCAAGGCCGUGGCAGCCACUGCAGCUGAGAAGGAACCGGUCCCCAUCCCGGUCCAGGAAGUAGAGGUCGAAGCCACCCCAGAGCUGGGUGAGCCACAGGAGGUGGAGAAAGCUCCGCCUCCAGGCCCGCAGGGGCCGGCGCAGGAGGUGGCCAGUGGCCCGGAGGAGGAGAGAGCUCCUGCAGCUGCUUCGGAGGCUGCUCAAGUCCCUGGGGAACUUCCAGCCAGCUCCAGGAUUCAGGAGCAGUUCCAGAGAAACCCCGACAGUUACAACGGUGCCGUCCGUGAAAACUACACCUGGUCGCAGGACUACACCGACCUGGAGGUCAGGGUGCCGGUGCCCAAGCAUGUGGUGAAGGGGAAGCAGGUCUCAGUGGCCCUGAGCAGCGGCUCCAUGCGUGUGGCUGUGCUGGAGGGCGCCGGGGAGCGUGUCCUCAUGGAAGGGAAGCUCACCCACAAGAUCAACACCGAGAGUUCCCUGUGGAGCCUGGAGCCGGGCAAGUGCGUCCUGGUGAACCUGAGCAAGGUGGGGGAGUACUGGUGGAGCGCCAUCCUGGAGGGCGAGGAGCCCAUCGACAUCGACAAGAUCAACAAGGAGCGCUCCAUGGCCACUGUGGACGAAGAGGAGCAGGCGGUCCUGGACAGGCUCACCUUCGACUACCACCAGAAGCUGCAGGGCAAGCCGCAGAGCCACGAGCUGAAAGUCCAUGAGAUGCUGAAGAAGGGGUGGGAUGCUGAAGGCUCUCCCUUCCGAGGCCAGCGGUUCGACCCAGCCAUGUUCAACAUCUCCCCGGGGGCUGUGCAGUUUUAAUGGCCUGGAGGAGGGUGCAGGCCGUGCGCACAGCCGCCCCCAGCUCCCUGUGCCAGGGGCUUGCUCGUCUCGUUCACCCCGGCCUGCCUCUGUGUCCAGGGUGAACCAGGCCUUGCACCCAGACCGUGCAGAGGCAGCAUGGGGCCGCGGCGGAGGGGGGGAGGUGCUCGGAUGCAGGAGGGAGGCGUCCAGCCCGGGAUCACAGGCUGUGGUCUCCACAGCAACCAGCCGUGCAGGCAGCGCCUCCUCCCGCUCCCUGCUCGCUGCUGUUUGACGCUCUUCUGCUUGCUUUUCUGCUUGGGGGUGGGCAGUGUUGCUGGGCGAAGCCAAAGUUGUUGAAAUUGUGGAGCUGGACGCUUGCAUGAGGGACGUGUGGGUGGGCUGUGUGGCUGCGCCUAGGGCUGCUUUGGGAAAGCCCGUGCCCUCCUUUGUAAAUAUGUGCUGCCUGCCCCGUGGGCAGGGCGGGAAGCUGGGAGCCUCUGCACGUUCUGGGUGUCGGGAGGCCUUGGGACUGGCUCCAGGUCUGUGUGCAUGGCCUCUGUCCUCCUCAGACCGCGACUGCCUUGCCUUUGCGUCUUGGUGAAGUGAACUGGGCCCGGCUGCCAGCGCACAGCCUGUGCUGCGUGGGGCGACUCCUCUUGGGGUGCACCGAGCCAGCACCCCCAGCAGGAGACCACAGCGUGCCCCGCAGCCCAGUAGCAGGACCCCAGGAAGAACGGCCGAGGAGGAAUUCUGCGUGGGGCCUGAAGGCGCUGGCCCGCGGCAGCCGAGCCUGGGUGCAGGCGCCACGUCCCCACCCUCUGGGCCAGGCACUGCUCCGCAUCUUGGGGCUCCCAGCCCUUCCCACGUGUUCUGCAGGGCCUGGCCUCUGCCGAAACCCUCUCGCCCUCACCCUCGCCCUCAGCUGGGGCUGCUCACCACCUCCAGCCAAGGUGCAAAGACCCCACAGCGGUGGGGCAGGGCCUUGGGGCCAGCGCUCCCGGUCCUCACAGGACCUCUCUGGCCGUCGCCAGGAAGGUGGUGCCAACACCACCUGGCACUGGCUGUCAGCCUUGCCCUGCGUGGCCGGUGAGAAUCGGGGCGGCCGACACGAGCCUCAGAGGAGAGAGCCCUGCAGACGCCGUGUUCUCUGGUGCUCAGGGAGGGGCCGUCUGGGAGAGCAAGUUGGCAGUGGCCCGUGAAGAGGCCUCCGUCGUCACCGCAUUGGGAUAGAUGGACGGGUCGCCCGGGAGAACGCGCCUGCUGUGUGGGCCUGGCUGCACCGCGCUGCCCCUGUUGACGGCUCCCUGUCACCCACUGAGGGCCUGAGAAAGCCUGUGUUCCCUUUGCCUCAUGCUCCAUCGAGGCUCUAGGAUUUGCGUACAGCUGCCUAGCCUGGUGGAAGGAGGUGUGCGUGAGUGUGCGUGUGUGUGUGUGUGUGUGUCCUGUCACUCCGUGGCGGUGGGAUGGGAUUGUGCUACACCGGAAACUCGGGGGCUCACUUCCGCGGUGACUUCUUUCCCGAUUCUAUCUUAUGUUGCUUUUUUUCUGUUCCCUCCCUGCUUUAAUAACCGGUGAGCCAGUGUCUGGGAGAGCGGCUGAGGGGCCGUGUACAGUGCAGGCCGCGUGGCGGGAGCCGCCGCCUCGGGGAGCCUUGCUCCCGGCAUGUCGCCGAGGUGGCACCGUGGACCGGCCCCGUGGCCAGAGCUGGCCCACUGCCUGUUUUCUCUUUUUAGACACAACAGCCGCGGUUUGGGCCCUGAGUCCCACCAGCUGAGGCCUGAGGAGAGCAGGGUGCCUGGUUCCCCUUGUUCGGGCGCUCGGCCCGCAAAGCUGCUCCGGCUCCUUGGUGUGUGUUUGCAAUAAAUCUGUAUUUAAGCAGUU